AUGCCUCCUUUCUCUCUCUACACCACCCUUCUCCUCCUCUGCGCCACCGCCUGCACCGCAACCACCACCGUCGGAGUCACCUACAACCCAUCCAUUCCAAACAUUCCGCCGCCGGAAAAAGUGGCCUCCACCCUACAGUCCCUCCACAUCCAGGCUGUCCACCUGCUGGACCCCACUCCAGCAGCUGUGCGAGUUUUUGCCUACACCAACAUCUCCCUCCUCCUCUCUGUCCCCAAUGACCUUGUCCCCUCCUUCGCCGUCAACCGCUCCGCUGCCACCCUCUGGCUCUAUUCCCUUGUCCUCCCCUACCACCCCCGUACCCGCAUUUCACUUAUCUCCGUCGGCUCUGACGUAAUCACAGCCGCCGCCUCCUCUGACGCUGCCUCCGACCCCACCACUACCCUCAUUCCCGCAAUGAACAACCUCCACCUCUCCCUCCGAGAUCUUGGCAUUCGCUCCAUCCCCGUUUCCACCACCUUCUCCUUUAUCAACGUCAUGACGACGUCGUUUCCUCCAUCCUUCGCCGAGUUCCAAGAACCCGUCAAUUCUUUGAUUAUCACGCCAUUGCUACAGUUCUUGGAUGAAACCAACUCUUCAUUCUUGAUCAAUUUGUUCCCAUACGAUGUCUACAGAAUGAAUUCCGAAAUCCCAGUUGGGUAUGCUUUGUUCCAAGAAAACCCAUUCAAUUUCCGGGAUGACACCGUCACCGGAGUCCGCUAUCGGAAUUUAUUCGACAUGAUGGUGGACGCUGUUAUAGCUGCUAUGGCAGUUUUGGGGAAAGAGAAUAUUCCAGUGAUCGUGACAGAGACCGGGUGGCCAAACGAAGCCGAGUCUGAGGCCAUAGGAAACUAUGCCGAGAUGUACUUAAAGGGGUUGCUGAUGCAUUUGAGGUCAGGAAUGGGGACUCCAUUGAAGAACGAAGGGGUUGCUGAGGCUUACAUUUAUCAAUUGUUUGAUGAAAUUGAUCUCAAAAAUAGCAGUAACAAAAAUGGUACUAGUAUUUCAAGGAGUGGAUUUGGAAGGCAGAGAUGGGGAAUUAUGCAUCCCAAUAUGACUUUGAAAUACAGAAUUGCUUUCUCAGGUUCACAAAGGAUUCUUAGAAAUGGCAACUACUUAGUGCAGAUGCAGAUGCUUCUUGCGUUGCUUGUUUUGGUGCCGAUACACAGAAUCUUCACUGCUUAG